AUGAGGAAAGAGCUGAGAACGAAGCAGGAGCACACAUCUCCCGCUCCUCUGACCCGUCUGCGCAAAGUCAACACGCCUCAAAACGAUCUCCUGUUUUGGAGCUUUGACUCCAGGCUGCAGAGAGGGGGAAGUAGACGGGGAGAAGUGUUUUUUUUUGUGCAAGCGCUGGAUUUGCAAGAUUUGGAUAUAAUGAGGCGAAGUGCGUGGAGUCGGACGCGGCUGGUUUUGGCGCUGGUGGUGCUCGGGUGCGCGCAGGUCGGACGCGCGGCAGAAGAAGCGGGCCACGCCGAGGACGCUCCUGAGGUCGUGGGUCUCCUGAGGGUGGACACUCCAGAGCCCGAGCAGGGGACCAAGCAGCCCAUAGUGGACUCAAGGGCCAGCAGAGCCAAGAGGCGAGGCGGCACGGAUGUCCUGAGAGGUCCCAAUGUUUGUGGCUCGAGGAACAACGCCUACUGCUGUCCCGGAUGGAAGACUCUGACCGGAGGAAACCAGUGCAUUGUCCCUAUCUGUCGCAGCACCUGUGGAGACGGGUUCUGCUCCAGACCAAACAUGUGCACCUGCCCCAACGGUCACAUCUCUCCGUCCUGUGGAUCCAAGUCCGUCCAAAACUGUAACAUCCGCUGUAUGAACGGAGGGUCGUGCGCCGAGGACCACUGCAUGUGUCAGAAGGGCUACAUUGGAAACCACUGCGGCCAGCCUGUGUGCGAGAAUGGCUGUCAGAAUGGAGGACGGUGUGUGGCUCCAAACCGCUGCGUCUGCACCUACGGAUUCACCGGCGCUCAGUGCGAGAGAGACUACCGUACCGGGCCGUGUUUUGCCUCUGUGAACAACCAGAUGUGCCAGGGCCAGCUGACGGGCAUCGUGUGCACCAAGACCCUGUGCUGUGCCACGGUGGGACGGGCGUGGGGGCACCCAUGUGAGAUGUGUCCCGGACAGCCCCACCCCUGUCGCCGCGGCUUCAUCCCCAAUCACCGCACCGGAGCCUGCCAAGACGUGGAUGAGUGCCAGGCCAUUCCCGGUCUCUGUCAGGGGGGAAACUGCAUCAACACUGUGGGUUCCUUCGAAUGCAAAUGUCCCGCCGGUCACAAGUUCAACGAGAUCACGCAGAAAUGUGAAGACUUGGACGAGUGUUCCAACGUCCCGGGACUGUGUGGCGUGGGCGAAUGCUCCAACACCGUGGGCAGCUUCUUCUGCAAGUGUCCCCAGGGCUUCUACACCUCGGCAGACGGGUCCAGGUGCUUAGGUGAGCCAUCCGUCAAGGCCGCGGGUCACAUGACACAGGGCUGA